AUGGCGGGUUCGCAAACGGUUUUCCUAUCUGGCGAAGCACAAUGGGAAGCAGCCCGUGCGGCUUCCAUGGAUCGUAUCUUGCUCGCAGUCCAAGAAUCUGGAUGGACCCUUGGCGAGUUUCUCAAAAUUCUAUUCACCGUGCCGCAGACUCAGAAGGAGAAGGGAAAUCCUCCACGGCACGCUCAGAUGGUGUCAGUUUUUCUUCAAGGUCGCUUGGCUAUCAAGGCACAAGAUAUUGUGGAGCUCAUGUAUUCGAGCCGCUACAGUGCUCCUCUCUCUGUGCGCAAGUCAGCUAACCGAGAGGCAUCUGCCGUCAGGCGUCCCGAUCCGAAGGUCAUGGCCAACUGGUGCCUUCGAGAGUGGGCUAUCUCGAAGGCUGAGGCUGUCGUAAACAAGGAAGCUGAGGAGCUAGCCUUGAGGUCUACCGGUUUCCAUUUAGAUGACAAGACCGCUACAUGGGAUUUUAUACUUAAUUUCUCAAUGGAAUCCGUGCUUUCCACUCUUCAUCUUAAGAGUCCUACACUUCUACGCCUUUUAAAAGCUGCUGCUGUCCCUGUCAAAUCCAGUAUGCGAGCUUCUGGUUUAUCAGCCGUCCCCCUUCCCACAUCUCCGACUCCCAAUACAUCUAACUACCCAAUGCCAUCCGAACCACAUGAGACGGUCUACAAUCUGUCAGAACACUUCUCCAAUCCUCCUCCAUCUGGGUCAGGGCACAACCGGCAUGACCCAUUGGUGAUAAUUGCUGUUGCAUGCAUGUUGCUCCUGAGUGCUCGAAAUUCACAUGUGACCAUGUUUCAGAAGAUGGUAGGGGUGUGGCUGUUCGCACAUACUGCACCGCACGGUAUAUAUUCUGUCCUGGGGCGUGUCGGGUUAUCAGUAUCAUAUACAACAGUCUUGAAGUUACUCGGGGCCCUCUCAGACUCAGCGAAAAACUCAACACGGCGCAGCGCUCAGUCUCGUGCAUUUUUACUGAUAUACGACAACAUCAAUCGGAUGGCGCGGGCAUGGGAUCCCGACUUAGGUCAGAAGGACAAAAUACACAAUGGGACAGCUGCAACGUAUGUGGAACUGGCCGACUGUGAUGUGGAAAAGGCUUUUGAUGUGGGGUGUCUGCGGCAAGCACAACAGGAAGAGCGUAGGAAGAAGUUGAGCCUGGACGUGCUCUACAAGCGAAUUGAUUGGGAGAAACUGAACCUCUGUGUGACAACUCACAUUCUUCGUAUCCUUGUUCAGCAUGUUGAUGGCCUCGCGAAGCAUCGAGACUUCGUUCAGCUUCGCUUCCGUACUACUCUCGCAAUUCAUCGCAUGCGUGCAGGCCGCCAGACGUCACUACAUCCACUGGCGACCUCUGAUUACAACGAAGGGAACACGGCCGAAAAUGCCAAGGUGCUCGAUGAUCUGAUUUUGAAUCAGCUCAAGAUGGGCAAGGAUGAUGUGACGAAGUAUAUGGUAAUUGUCGGUGGGGAUCAAUCAACUGUGGAGAAGUUGCGCACCUUGAAACGGCUUGUCGCAAGCUGUCCGCAUGGGUACCCGCAAUAUGGAUGGGUACUCCCACUUAUCCAGCUCUGGCAUAUGGGCUGGGCAGAUUUGGAACGCGUUCUCAGCACACAUUGGGGCAAAUCCACUGGAGAUGACUUAUCGUCAUUGCGUGCGGCCAACGUGCUACUGGGUCGCAAGGUCAAGGACCAGAAACGGCCCGAUUAUUAUCCGGCAUUGCACUUGGUCUUCGAUAACUUGGAUGCCGAGGUCCUGGACUGUUGGCGGUUUCCAUCUCAGUUUCCAUGCCACAACAAUCGUCCAAGUGCCGCGGGGAAGGGCAAAGUCGACGGGAAAGCGAAAGCGAAGGCGAAGGCGAAGCCACUGGACCCAGCAGUAAUACCGAGCGUCAGCGACAUGGAUUCCUUUCUCGCCCAAGCCGGUGGGAGUUUGCGCAAGCGCAAAACACGGCCGGAACCUGUAUAUGAUAAGCCGAGAACAUCACCCCCUCGCGCUACUGGCGAUCACAGGGACAGCCAUCCAGAUUAUUUUGACGCCUCAUCUGACAGAAUUAACGACGAUGGUGUCGGACCGUCAAGCGAUGACCAGUUUCUCAGCCCAAAGGAGAAGACGAGGAAGGAGGCCAUUGAUAUGACGCCCGCUACCAAGAGGCUUGAACGGAUGAACGUCCAUAGCGGAACGGACGAAGGCGACACGUUCAUUUGA